GAGCGCGCGCGCGCGAGAGAGAGAGAGAGAGAGAGAGCCUCUUCUCGCUCCGGUAGCGGAUUUUCACCCCUUUCGAGGAGUAGGAGGAGGAGGAAGAAGAAGAAAAAAGGAGAGGAGGAAGAAAAAAAAAGGAAUCUUUGAGUCCAGUUAUCUUUGGCAGACUCUCUCUUACACAAUGGGAAGAAAGGUGAAGAGAAAAUCGGAUGACAUUUCCUCGGAUGAGGAGGAGGAGUAUGUGGUAGAGAAAGUUCUGGACAGGCGAGUGGUGAAAGGCCGAGUGGAAUUCCUGCUGAAGUGGAAAGGUUUCUCUGAGGACGACAACACAUGGGAGCCGGAGAAGAACUUGGACUGUCCUGAGCUGAUUGGCGAAUUUCUGAAAACCUACAACAAAGGAAAGGAGAAUGGCACGGGUUCAAAAGAUAAGCCGGAGAGCCUGAAGCGUAAAUCUACAAUCCUGAACGGCAGUGAAGAGAUCAAGUCCAAGAGAAAGAAAGAGGAUGACAGUGCCAGGGGUUUUGACAGAGACUUGGAGCCAGAGAAGAUUAUCGGAGCCACUGAUUCCUGUGGCGAGUUGAUGUUUUUAAUGAAGUGGAAGGAUUCUGACGAGGCAGACCUGGUGUUAGCGAAAGAGGCCAAUGUGAAAUGCCCCCAGAUCGUGAUCGCCUUCUACGAGGAGCGGCUGACGUGGCAUGCCUACCCAGCGGAAGACGAGGAAAAGAAAGAAGAGGCCGAGGCGAGCUAGAGACUCCGCAGCCCAAUGUCCGACUGUUACAUGCCACCUGAACCGCGUUUACACAGGCAUCUCAAUCAGUAAGCGCCAACUCCAGUGUGAGCUUCGGGGUGGGGGGGUGGGAGGUGGGGGGAAUGAUCCACACUUAGCUUCUCUUGUAAUAGACUCGGACCUCUGACUUCACGAAGACCGAAUCCACAUCACCAACAAACUGACUGCUUUAAUCCCCUCAAUCCAACCCAACCUUUUCUCUUUUUUUUUUAACUAACUUUGCUCGAUGCUGUGUAUAAAAGUGAGUGGGCGGUUGCUUAAUCCUGACUGGUCCUAGUUUAUUUUUUUAACACGACAUACCUUGGCGUCUUUCCUUUUUUUUUUGUCGUUUUCGAUCUUGCGAGAAGGGCGAAUGUAUUCCCAUUGUGAGAGAGCGUCCUGAUCACAGAAAGGGCAAUCUCUCUGCUAGUGGUACGGUGAGGCAGAUUGGGAGCUCGAUGGACGUUCAAUCAGUCCUUCAGUAGCACAUCUAUGUGCUGUGCAGCAAGGUAGAGUUAGUUUGUUUCAGUAACCUGACCUGAGGAAUGAAAGAACCAGCCAGACUCUCUGGAAAUAACUGCACCUCAGUGUGUUGCCUGCCAUUCGCUGCUGCAGUUGUGUAGUAUGUAAAUCUUUAUUUUUUAUUUCUCACUCAUCUACAAAAAGAAAUCUAUUACAGCAGGGUAACAACUGGUCUUUUUACUUCUGUUCUGGGAAGUAUGGUGGGUAUCUGCAGAAUGCUAAGCCCUACCUAGCAACCCCCCACCCCCCCCACCCCACUCUUCUCUCCUACUUCCAUCUGUUUUGUUAGUGAUAACCUGAAGUCACACUGGAGUCGCAAUGUCCUUUUUUUUUCUGGGUGUGUGGGGGCGGGGGUAGGAAAAGAAGGGAUGCCAUAUUUGCCUGUGUAAAUGUGUUUUGGGCAGAGCAGAUGAUGUAUUCACUCCCAUUUGUACUUUUACAGAGCUGUAAAAUCCCUUCACCGGCUGUCCAAAGGUGUGUGUGUGUGCGAGAGAGAGAGAGUGUGUGUGUGUGCGAGAGAGAGAGUGUGUGUGUGUGUGUGAAACUCCUUCGCCUAUUGGUAAUGUUCUGCCCGGAGGGAGGCACUUGUUUAUCGGUUCCUCCUCCGCCUCCUCCUCUGAAUAUUUUAUAUUGACAUCACGCUCGUUUCAGAACAAAUGGCAGAAAAUAAUGUGGAGUUUUACAAAAAAAUAUUGCUGGAAAUCAAUCCAAGGAGUUCAGACAGGUUAUAUCAUUCGAGAUGUGUUUUCAUGCAAACCUGUUCUUUGGAAGGUCUGUCGGUGAAGGUGACUUAAAACAGAACCACGUGAUUAGUGUUUUUUUCUUUCUCUCUUUGUCGUUGACCUGUGUUCCUCAUUGGCCAGUGGACAAUAGCAGGGUCUCUUCCCCCCACCCUCCCACCGUGCCCCUGGCCCCCACACACACGUCUGUCUGCUUCUGUUCCGUUUCUUUUCCUCCUACCCCCCGCCCCCCCACACCCUUCCUGGGGCUGAUGGACUGAUUCAUUAAUCAGCAUUUUGAUGGUUUUGUAUUAUGCUGCAGCUCGGCCAAAGGGAAACAUAUAGUCUCUUUGAUGUGCAAUCUUGAGCAAAGUCCAGAUUCCCUGUCUCCACAUUACCUUUAUACUCCCUUGCAAUCUUAAAACUGCCUUGCUUCAAGUGAACACGUCCCAGCUUGAAAUGACAGCACCAAAUGGUUUCAGAGUCUUUGAGGUUGUUCCCAGGAGCUUUACUCGUGUGGGACAGAGAGAGAGGCCCCAAAUCCCACCUCGUCUUUAAAGUUUAUGAAAAUUUUUAACUUCAGUCUCGAUUUGAAAGCCAGUUUUCUGCAGUUCUCUUUUUAAAAAAUACACCGAUGAAGACGCGAUCCACCAUUUUUUUUUGUUUGGGAUUCUGCGCCUUCUAGAAUUUUUACAACAAAACGGGCACCCGGGGCUAAGAGCUGAUGGAAUUUCAGGACUUUAGAAACUGCCCUCCAGAAAGUGGGGGGGUGGGGGGGGGGGAGAGGACUAUCUUUUUUGGCUGAAGGCUGCUUUGAUUUUCAGCGUUGAUCAGGUUUGUUCUCCCAAGAAGAAAAAAUCGACCAUGUUUCUUUUUCCCUUUAGUGAUCAUUAACCUGAUGUAUUGGGAGCUGGCUCUUGUUCAGUGUGUCCUCUUUACAUUGUGAUGGGAACCGCUGAACUCAUGUGAUUUGGAUGAAGUGCAAAGAACCGCACAUUUCUCCCCCGCUCCUUCCCAUUGUAUUUGCAAGUGCCACUGCGCUGUACAUAUCCUCAUCAGACAGACAGACUGUGUCUCUUGUGGUCUAUAUAGCCCCUUUGCUUAUAAUGCUGUCUCCACCGUGAGACAGUUCAAUUCAAUUUUAAUAAACUUUAAACUUGUUGGUU